AUGAACUCGGAUGAUAAUUUGAACUUAACGACUGUCGACUCACUUCUAUCAGAAAUCGAGAGAGAAAUCCCUUUAACAGCCAAAAGGCAGCUUUCCCUACAUGAAAUUGGCGAUGAGACGAUGGACAAAAUUGUGAGGCACAAUACGCGAUCUAACUCUAAUGUUGGCGCAGACGAUUCCAAGAGUGCCAAUGCCGACAAGUCUGAGCAGCAACUCUUCCUCGAAUCACGCCACAAUAGGUCUGUUAUGUUCAGCGAUAAAUUUGAGCUACAUGAAUACCCGGGUGCAGAAUCGUCGUUGAUCGGAGAGCAUCCAACGGAGGCUGCUAGCGACGUGGUAGCUUGGGACCUUUCUGUUACAACUCAAAGCUGUCCAAAGGAAAAGUACACCAAGGAAAAUGUUGUAGCAGACAAUUUACCAGCCAGACCCGGCCUGGACUAUAACGAUAAUGGCCUUAGCGCGAGCGACAGUUCUGACAGUUCACUAGAUAUCACUGAGGCAGAAUUGAGGGCUAACUCGGUUACAAAUCUUCACGAACGCCUUGAUCACGUCUUAGGCAGCAAACAUGGCUCUCCUAACGUUCCGAAACUGAAAGAAAUGGUGAACAACGCGGACCAGAUGGCAUUCGCGGCUCCUGAAAACCACCUCCCAAGCCAGCCGUUGAAAAUCAAGUUUGAGUCAACUCCUCCGCUGCUUAGCAAUGAUGCCGACGCUGCCCACAAGUUUUUAGAGUUCGAACUAGAGCCCGCGCACUCUGAAGAGGAAACUUUCAAUAAUGUUCAACACUCGCCUUCAAAAAUUCCUACAACCAACACCAUUCGGAUCAACAGAUUGGCAAGCGCGGAGCUACUCGCUGGAACAGGCCAAAGUAGAGUUUCCUCGGGAUCGUCUAUGGACGAAAGUGUGACCGACUUGGAAACGACGAUGCGUCAAGACAAGUUUCAGCUACUGCGAACCUACGUACCAUCCAAUAAUGCGGCACACUCUAGUACCCAUACCUAUCAAUUGCCUAAUAAGAGCUUAUCAAUACUUGAGCCAGAUGUUAAUACAUCAAGGGUUUUCAGCGUUGCAACAACGGCUGACGAAUUUCAAUCCGCAAGGGAGAGUGACUGGAGCUCAUCUUCAUCGGUCAAUGACGAUCGCAUUGAACAAUCCAUCAAAGACCUGCAGAUAUCGACAGGAUUUGUCCGAGAAGACGAGACUCUUGAAGACAUUAGUAAAGAGGUUAAGAAAGAUGAACAAUAUUCUAAUGGCUUUUCGAUACCGACGUACACGAGGGAAAGACCGAUCUUCUUACCAAAAACUUCGGAUGAGGAAAAUAGCAUGUUGAAAUCUAUUUCCAAUUCCACCGUUAAAUUGACAGACCUGAAUCACAUAGGGAAUGCUACUCUCAACGACCAAGAGGUUAUUGAAGAUGACAAUUGUUCUCACAUUUCUUCACCAGUAGAAUAUCAGGGUCACAUUGAGAAGGAUAACGAUAACGGUGAUCAGAGCCGCACCGGAAACUCCACAGCUUCCAACGGGGGCAAUUUUGCAGUAGGCCAAAAAGAGAUUAGAAGUCAAACUGGUGAUAUAAUCCCCCUUUGUACUGGGAGCAAUGGUGAACAAAAUUUGAACGUCCAAGACAUCCCAUUCGAUGACAAAGAUGAGCUAGAAAACAUUGAAAUUCAGAAGGGCGAAAAUUCACUAUGUCAUUCAGAGCCAGGUGACUCUUCGCUUGAAAAUAAUACCGAGAAACAUACUGCCGAGGGGCAUGAGAGUGAGCAGCUGUUGAUCCACAAUCGGAUAGCUUCAAACAACUUUGCCACCCUGUUUGAUGAUGAUCCUAUAUUUGCAGACGUGGGAGAUACAUCCCAGGAUUCUGUUGACAUCACCUAUUCACUGAAGCCAGACUACUUGUCAAUAUGGCAUUGUCAGGAAGGAAUUAAGAAGUCUUCUCCAACCAUCUCUGCAAACUCACAAUUUUCCAACCAUUCGGCGGGAACAGCAGAUUCGUCAUUGGUGGCGCCCUCAAAGUUCAGGCUAAAGCCGCGCCUAGUGAGCAGAAGUAAGAUCCAUUAUUCCCAUCACCAAAGAGCCCAUUCUCCUUUGUUGAGGAGUAAAAUCGAGUCUGCUGCUACCUCUAGUAUUUUGGAUCCGCAGGCAUCGGAAGUUCGUGGAACACGGCCCCCAGUCCAGCAGAUACCCUCAAUUGCACAAAUAGCCUUGAUCCAGAGUGAGUCUAAAAGUUGCAAUGCGCCACAAGAAGGCUCGAAAGAGCCAUCACAAGAUGAAGAUAUAGAGUUGCCUGGUAAAAUAGUCGAGGAAUCAUUUUCAAAACCAACAGACGUUAACGAAGCUCCUGUAGAAAAGAAUGAAGACCUCGUUCAGACGGCUAGUGAUUCCUUGUACUUGCCCGAAUUAUCAACCACAAAGUUUAGCUUCAUGGAGGAUUUUGGAGAUAUCUUGAAGAAUAUGAACCAAGAUAACAUAUCGCUGAAGCAUAGUGAGCGCCAACUUGAAGACCCAACUGUGUACCAUAUCUGGGAUGAGAACAACUAUGAAAAUGGGUUGAACUUCUCUUUCAAUAAAAGAGAUGGGGAAGCUGCCAGAGACGCGCUAAACGACAAGGUAAUCAAAAAGCUACUAGUUGGAAGUCCCAAUUCAAAUGCCAACCAGGAGGCAGAAAAUACUCUAACAGGAUUAGGAAUUUUGAAGAAGGCAGAUAGCGAUGUUGCUAUCUGCCGAACUGAGAGCUUCAAUGGAUAUGAGGUGUCAAGGUGUGCUUCAAGCGAAAGCGUCGAGCACAACAGAGAUCUAUUUCAAUCUCCCAAAACACCAUCGCCAAUCAAGAAGUCCCACGUAGAGAGCCCAUUCAAAACGAUUCGAUCGCGGAAGCUCAUGGAGCAAGCUGAAAAUAACACCCAACCAGAGCUCGAAAACGUUUCAAAAAAUUUUGAACUUUCUGAACCAAAACUCUCAACGCCAAGUCCAAAAAUUAGCAUUCAUUCCUCUGUCAAAGAUUUCACAAAGGAUGGAAAAGAAGUAGUCACAGAUCUACAGGACAGCGGCAAACUUUACAUCAUGAUCAAAUCAAUAAAAAAUCUCAGUCUCAACGAUACUUUGCGCCAUAAACCAAAAAUCGCCAUGGAAUUUGAUAACGGAGUUAAUGUGGCCCAAACCGCGUGGAAGCCUUUGAGUGGAGAUGGUAUGGAUGUGAAUGAGGAAUAUGAGCUCAUCAUGGAACAAGUGAAUCCAAAGACAGUUCCUGAAAUAAUAGUAACGUUGAAGUGCAAAUAUGAGAGGCCAACCUCGGAGCUAGUGGAGGUGGUUGAGCGUAUUCCUGUGAAGAAGAAAUUUCUGUUCGGUAAACAAAAAUAUGUCGUGAACAAAAAGUUCGUUAGCAAGAAGAUUGGCGUGGACUCUUGGGAUUAUAAAUUCGCACAAGACGGGUCAUUUGCCCGCUGCAGCUUUUCUCUCAAUGAGGAAAAAUUGGAUCAAUGUACCUACAGAACGAAGACUUUCAACAUGCAUCUUUUCAACGAAUGGGAAAGAGAGGAUGGACGCGUGGAGGCUGGACAAGAUAUCUUUUCACUCCCUCGUAAACCAAAGUAUAAAAUUGGUGAAAUUCAGAUUGAGAUGUGUUUUUUGCCAAGGACGUCUCAACUAGAGAAAUUCCCCAAGACGCUGAAACUGGCGCACGAUAUCGUCAACAAGUAUUCUGAACAACAAGACACCAAGUUCGAAGGAUUUUUAUGGCAAGAGGGAGGUGACAUUGAUGGGAUGCUACAGAAGAGAUAUUUUGUUUUAAAUGGCACACAGCUUGUUGCACAUCAUGAGAUAACGCGAAAGCCGCAGGCCAUGAUCAAUUUAUUGAAGGUUGUUAGUGUUGUAGGAGAAGGCAAACUUACCGAGACGGCAGUCCAGAGAGUGCGCAACUUCACUGAUGUCGUGCUUUUCAGUGAAUGCUUUAAACUGAUUUUCGAGAACGGGGAAGUGAUAAAUUUAGACGCUGAAUCUGCAGAUGACAAAAACACAUGGACAAACCUACUCAGCCAUGUGGUCGACUUGAAUAAAUUUCAUCAACCAUGGGUUAAACAUGUGCUCAACAACUCGCGCCUCUCGGUUUGA